AUGUUUGCGCCCAAAGUAUGGGCGGCGGUGUUGUUGGCAGCUGUACUGGCGUUGACCUUGGCUACAGAAAUCAGCAGCGGACACUCGACGAUGCCUACUCCGGGGUCACACCAUGGAAUGAUCCGUCGCCGUGGCUUGAUCGAAUCUAUCUUGCGCGGUGGUGAAUUUGGCUCAACGGACACACCUGCACCUACCACGACCCGGUCUACAUCGACUUCUCGCACACAUUCCGCGACCCACAAAUCAUCGAGUUCUUCCAGCUCGUCUUCUGAUUCGGGUCAAGGGAAAACAUAUGAGGGCGAGGCCACGCAUUAUCAACCUGGUUUAGGCUCGUGUGGUGAUAACAGUGAUGCUUCCGAGAUGGUGGUCGCAGUGUCGCAUAGCAAGUAUGAUGCCAAGGCGAAGAGUCAAAACCCCAACGAGAAUCCAUUUUGUGGCAAAAAGGUCAAGGUCACGUAUGAGGGCAAGUCCAUCGAGGUCAAGGUGGUCGACCGCUGCCCGGGCUGCAGUGAAAAUGACUUGGAUCUUUCACCUUCGGCAUUCAAAAAGUUGGCUCCUCUUGGAAAGGGUCGCUUGAAGCAAGUUAAGUGGAAGAUGAUUGACUAG